AGUGGGAUCAUUGCGGGGCUCAACCGUAGUGACAAAAUGCGGAUUGUUUUACUCGCCAAAAGUCGACGAGGCAGAAAAGAGGAUCGAUAGAUCCACGCGCGCGAGGAGAAAGUUAUUACAUACAUACCUGCCCGGGUACUAUUCUACCUGACUUGCCUGUCUUUCCUCGAAUACUUAAAUCAGCGCGAUCAUCCGUCUCGGUUGCCUGCCUACCUGCUUGUCUGUACCAGGUACCGUUGCCGCUGUGAUCUGGGGAUUCCCUUUGUUAAUCAUCUCUUGACAUUAAGUUGUUCUCCAGUCGACUUAUACUACUCGCGAGUACAGGACACAGAGAAACAUUUCUGCCGAUAGAAGCAUAAGUGCAAGCCCGGACCAGCGAUGGUGGAGGUGCUUUUGGAUCGUAUCGAUGGUCAGGAGGUUGCCAUUGUCGACUCAAACUGCAUACCAGGAUCACCGACAAAAUGCUCACCGAGAACGGAGAACUCCUCGGCGAUCAACGAGAAACUAUCGCCGAUUCAGGAGUUCUACUACGGUCAAAGCAUCUUUCUUACUGGUGGUACUGGUUUCAUGGGCAAGCUACUGAUCGAGAAGCUUCUCAGAACGUGUUCUGGAGUAGCUUCAAUUUACUUGCUGGUACGUCCAAAGAAGGGCAAAGACGUACAUCAACGCACCGAAGAGAUUUUUGAUGACCCGCUAUUUACAAAACUUAGAGAUGAACAACCAAAGUUCCGACAUCAAAUCGUCGCUAUAGCGGGAGAUUGCAGUCAACCGAACCUGGGAAUGUCCUCCCAAGAUCGGGCCACCAUCAUUCGGGAGGUUUCAAUCGUUUUUCACGUCGCAGCUACGCUCAGAUUCGAUGAGAAAUUAAAACUAGCGGUACCCGUUAAUGUCAGAAGUACGAGAGAUGUUCUGAAUCUUUGCAAGGAGAUCUCGAAUCUGAAGUCUUUUGUGCACGUGUCGACUGCGUACGCAAACUGUCCACAAAAAGUGAUCGAGGAGAAGUUUUACGACUCGCCAAUGGACUCUGACAAACUAAUUGCGCUUAUGGAAUGUGUGGAAGACAAGUUGGCUGAAGACAUCACUCCGCAAUUAUUAGGAAAAUGGCCAAACACCUAUACCUAUACGAAGGCAGUUGGUGAGAAUGUGAUUAGGAAACAAGCUGGUGACUUGCCAGUCGGCAUCUUUCGUCCAGCCAUUGUAAUAUCAACGUACAAAGAACCGUUACGGGGUUGGAUCGACAACCUGUACGGACCGACAGGAGUUGCUGCUGGUGCUGGAACUGGAUUGCUGCGAUCAAUCCAUUGCAAUGGCUCGGUUCACGCAAAUGUGGUACCUGCCGAUUUAACUGUUAACGCUUUAAUCGCGUGCGCGUGGGAUAUAGCAAACAUACGAAGAUCGAAUAACAAAUCGCAUUCUGACAUUCCGAUUUAUAAUUACGUGUCUAAGGAUAAUCCGAUAACUUAUGAUGAACUGAAAAUACUGUCAUCGAAAUAUGGUCUCGAAACUCCUUCGACCAAGGCAAUCUGGUAUUACAGCUUCAGAAACAAUAAACACAGGAUAGUUCAUCUAUUCUUUGUAUACUUUUGUCAUUUGCUCCCGGCUUUGUUGGUCGACACUGUGACUGUCUGUACUGGAAGACAACCGAGGUUACUUAAAGUUUAUAAAAAGAUACAUAAAUUUAUGGAUGUAUUAAACUAUUUUUCCACGCAAGAAUGGAAAUUUACUAAUGAUCGAUUACACGCACUGUUGAUAAAACUCACGCCCAAAGAUCGCGAAAAUUUCUUCUGCGAUAUACGUGAUCUCGAUUGGAAUGUUUACUUCGAAACGUAUAUUAGUGGAAUAAGGAUAUAUCUCAUUAAGGAUCCCUUGGAUACCUUACCACAGGCACGCCUCAAAUGGCAAAAAUUAUAUUGGAGCCAUCAAGUGCUGAAACUCAUACUGACCUAUGUUGCUCUCAAGUUAUCCUGGAUGGUCAUAUCUAUUCUUUUCAACUUUUUCAAAAUGUGACAAAUAAAAGUAAAUAAGGGGAAUUCUGAAAUUUAGGAUGUAUGGCCUAAAAAUGCAAAAAUGAAUGAUAGAAAGUGGCAUCUUGUUUUUAAUUAAAAAAGAAGCGUCACAAAGAAGUGUCACAAAGAAGUGUCACAAAGAAGCGUCACAAAGAAGCGUCACAAAGAAGCGUCACAAAUAAGCGUGCAUUUCAGAAAAACUCGAGAAGAAAAAAUUAAAAAAUUAACGGAAAAUUAUAGCAUUGUAAUUUUCUAUGUACAGAACAUUUACGUAAUAUAAAUAUAAUGUACCAGAUGUGAUAGAAGCAGAAAAAAAUUUGAAUAUCAACAGUUUGAUCAUAUUAUUCUAGCUUUGGAGAUCUCCGCAAAUAAAUUGUAAGUAUAGAACUAUAUGUUAUUCUAUUUUUCCAAAAUAGAUUUGUAGAUGUUAUAUCAAAAAGAAGAGUUUAACAACUCUGUGCCUUAUAACGCUUUAUUGUACUAUAUUAUAAGCAAAUUUAGUGGGAUUGAUAAGAUAUUCGUUAUAUAUCGUAGCGGCGAUUGUGUUUGACUCUGAUUUAAAGAAAGAACAAUAUUAUUAAAAAAAAUAUAAAUAUAUAUAUAUAUAUAUAUAUAUAUAUAUAUAUAUAUAUAUAUCAAUAUCAAAAUAAUUAACAAACUUAAUUUUAAUUUAUAUAUUUUAAUAAAAGUAUCUAAAAUAAUCGAGAGCAUAAAUAGGUAAUAUAAAUUGUUGUCCUGUUUAAUUUAAAUUUUAUUUUAAUGUUUUAAACAUUUUAACGUUUUAAAAUUAGUUUAAGAUUGUCACAAAAUGUUUUGCUAUUCUAUUAAAAUUGAAUUUAUUAUUAACUUGAUUAUUAUUAACUUGAUAUUGAUCGUAAUAAUUAGAAAUAAAAAAUAAUUUUUACUUUUGAUAAAAAAAUUAUUAGAAUAAUUUAAAUCAAAGACAAAACUGACUCAGAAAAUAAACGAGUUCUUAAUUUGCGCAAUCUGAUUAAGCGUACAAUCACGCUCACCUGUCAUUUUUCAUACUUAUUUCAUGAAUCAACAUUUAACGCAUGCCUGAUAUUUAGAUAAAGAAAAAAAUAUUUAACGAAUACAAGUUUUUGUCCGUUAAAAAACGCACUUAUAAUUUAUAUUUAAUAUAAUCGUUUUUAUACUUGAGUUGGAUGUUAAGUAUACAUACAAAAUACGAGCGAACCAAAGGGCUCUCUUAAACAUUAAGAGAAAGCGUAUUUUGUUCACACAAUUAUACGGGAUAGAUAUGAUGUAUAUUACAUGUACGAUAACACGAUAACAUAUGCCAUAUAUAUACGUAGUUGUUUAUUAGACAAUGUACGAGUAUAUGGUAAUGCAUAAUAAAAAUAUCAAAAUAUAAUAAUUAUUUAAAUAACAUACGCUCUCUCGCAAAUGUAUCGGAGAGAAUUAAAAUUUAAAAAAUGACGUGACUAUUUUGGUUCUUUUAUUUAUAUUACAUUUGAUUCAAUUUUAUCAAUAAAACAAUGAUUAUAAAGUUCAAUCCAUAAUUAUAUAAUUGAUAUUGAAGUGACAGCACAAGUAUCUCCAACAUUUCUAUCAUCUUCUACAUUAUUAAAAUAAAAAAAAUAUUGAUACAUCUUGCAUUAAUACGUCUAUUUAUUUUCAAAAUUAAACAAUUAUAUCAUUUUAAAAGAUAGCAAAAGAUAAUGUGGCCCAUGAGGGGAUCGAACCCGCGACCUUCGCGUUAUUAGCACGACGCUCUAACCAACUGAGCUAAUGGGCCGCACAUCAAACUACCUCACAAUAUUUUUUUUCACUAGUUCAUGAUCUUUUAAAAAAUUAUAAAUGUAUAAGAAUAGAAUAUAUAAAAUAUAUAUAUUUCGCGGGUUAUAUUUGAUUUAUCAUUGCUAUUUAUUUAUGUUUAAUAAAUAAUCUAAAAAGAAAGUUACAAAAUAAAUACAGUAAUCGUUCUUUGUUUUUCUUAUUUUUUCUAAACAUAUUGUACAAAUUUGAAUUAUAAACAAAAUUUGAAUGUAUAAACGAUAGAUAUAUGAAAGGAUUAAAAUAAUAUGUAUGACAAAUAUGCGAGCGUCGAAAGUAUGACAUAUAUCUAGCAUGUAAUAUAUAGUCGUUAUUGUUGCAAAUAUUUUAUCUUUUACAUUUUGUUACAAUAACUCUUUGUAUAAUAAAAAUUAUUGUAUAUAUAUAUAUAAACAUAUA